GUCCAGUGGGAUCACGUCUAAACUGGGAGCCCCGGAAGCCCGCCGAUCCGCUCUGCCGCGCAACGAGGCGCGUGCCCAAAGCGCCGCCUGAGAAGGACUGCAGCGACUCUGCGCGGCCCAGUGGGGCGGACAGGGAGGCUUGGAAGAUCAGAGGAGCCCGGGAAGGAGCAUCUCUGUCUCCACCACUCAACCAAACCCACGGCCUUAAACGAGUUAAGGAACUUCUCAACGUCCCGGUCUGUAAACGGGACAGGGAACGCCGCAGACCUCCCAGCACCCUUGGAGCUCAACUCAGGCAGAGCGUCGCACUCUUCCUUACUGGUGACCGUGCGUGAUGGUAAACGUCGUCGAGGGAUCCUUACGAGGCCACCCUAGGGGGUGGCUACUCCUUCUCGGGGGGUGUGUACCUCCAAAAUGUGUCCCAGGAGGCAGAAUCCCGGAGACCAGGAUCCUCGAGUCAGAGGGAGCGGAGGGUAUGUGUGGGGCAUGGGGUUAAGCCAACUCCCUGAGUCACCCUAAGAAGUCGGGCUGGCAGAGCUAGCUGGUCCAGCCUUAGCCCCAAUCACAAGCGCCCCGCCCUCGGUCCCGCCCUCCCGGAACCGGCGCCCCCAUUGGUGGCGUCCGGCGGCGCUGCCGCUGUUAUUUUUCGAAUAUAUAAGGAGGUGGCGGUGGCAGCUGCCCAGCUUUGCGUCCUCCCCUGCUUUCCUCCCCGCACCCCUUCUCCUCAUUCCCAGGCCCACUGCUCUUCCUCCCUUCUUUCCCUCCCUCCUCCCCCUCACCCCAAGCUCGCUCUCGGAGCCGAGCCAGCUGGGUCGGCGUCUGCUCGCCCUCGUGCUUGUGGCCCUGUAGCUAGCUAGUUUUUGCCCACCCCGCCACGAUGGAGGUGCCCCCGCCGAGGUCUGCGCCGAGCUCGGCUCUCAGUCCUGCCCGCGUGCUCGGUGGCGUUCAGCGGCCGCACCACCUCCCAGGCUUCGGGUUGGAGCCUGAUGGCUUUCUGGGGUCUCCGGAGCGUGCGGCUUCCUCCUCUCCGGUUACCACCCUUACUCAGACCAUGCACGACCUCGCUGGUCUCGGCAGUGAGACCCCAAAGACUCAGGUAGGAAGCCUGUCAUUCCAGAACAGGCUGGUGGGCCUCUCUCUGUCCAGGCGUACCUCCCUGUCAUCCGUGUCCUCAGAAUCUUCUGAUGCAGGUCUCUGCAUGGACUCCCCCAGCCCUAUGGACCCGCAGAAAGCAGAGCACGCGUUUGAACAGGCCAUUCAGGCAGCCAGCCUGGUCAUUCAAAAUGAGCAGUUUACCAUAAAACGCUUCCGGUCCUUACCAGUGAGGCUGCUGGACCACAGCCCUGUGCUACAGAACAUUACCAACUCCCAAGCACUGGACAGCCGUGAGAAAAAUGAGGCAGGCUACAGAGCAGCCAGCAGCCCUGGCGAGGACAAAGAGAAUGAUGGCUAUCUCUUCAAGAUGCCAUGGAAGCCCACUCAUCCCAGCCCUGCCCAAGCUCUGGCAGAGUGGACCAGCCGCAGAGAAGCCUUUGCUCAGAGGCCAAGCUCAGCCCCUGACUUGAUGUGUCGUACCCCUGAACGGAAGAUGGAAGUAGAGCUGAGCCCUGUGGCCCAGUCUUCCUCUUCCUUGACUCCCAUUGAGAGGGCUUCCGAAGAAGAUGAUGGAUUUGUGGACAUCCUGGAGGGUGAUUUAAAGGAUGAUGAUGUGGUCCCCCCAGGCAUGGAGAACCUCAUUAGUGCCCCACUGGUCAAAAAGUUGGAUAAGGAAGAGGAACAGGAUCUCAUCAUGUUCAGCAAGUGCCAGCGGCUCUUCCGCUCUCCAUCCAUGCCGUGCACCGUGAUCCGGCCCAUCCUCAAGAGGCUAGAGCGGCCCCAGGACAAGGACGUGCCUGUCCAGAGCAAGCGCAGGAAAAGUGUGACACCCCUGGAGGAGCAGCAGCCUGAAGAACCUAAAGCUCGUGUCUUCCGCUCAAAGUCCCUGUGCCAUGAGAUUGAAAGCAUCCUGGACAGUGACCACCAUGGACUGAUCGGAGAUUACUCCAAGGCUUUCCUCCUGCAGACUGUGGAUGGCAAACACCAAGACCUCAAGUACAUCUCACCAGAAACUAUGGUGGCCCUGCUGACAGGCAAGUUCAGCAACAUUGUGGAGAAAUUUGUAAUUGUGGACUGCAGAUACCCCUAUGAGUAUGAAGGCGGGCAUAUCAAGAAUGCUGUGAACUUGCCCCUGGAACGGGAUGCCGAGACCUUCCUGCUGCAGCGCCCCAUCACGCCUUGUAGCCUGGACAAGAGAGUCAUCCUCAUUUUCCACUGUGAAUUCUCGUCUGAGCGUGGGCCCCGCAUGUGCCGGUUCGUCAGGGAACGGGAUCGUGCGGCUAACGACUACCCCAGCCUGUACUACCCUGAGAUGUAUAUCCUCAAAGGCGGCUACAAGGAAUUCUUCCCACAGCACCCGAACUUUUGUGAGCCCCAGAACUACCGGCCCAUGAACCACGAGGCCUUCAGGGAUGAGCUGAGGACCUUUCGCCUCAAGACGCGCAGCUGGGCUGGGGAGCGGAGCCGGCGGGAACUCUGUAGCAGGCUGCAGGACCAGUGAUGAGCCAGCGCCAGUCCGGCUGCCAUCUUUACCUCCUGGGGCCUGGGAGCCAGUGGGUCCCAAGGGCCUAUGAGGCCGCCUACCUGCUAGAGGCCUCAGGUGCUGUUGGGGGUUGGGCGAUGGUGUGGUGUCACAUCUGUCUGUCCCUGUCCUCCGUUCUCCGGUCUCACUCCACUAAUUUUCCGUAGCCUGGUGCCAGCCCUGUCUUGAAGAGCCCAGCCUGAAGGGUGGAUACCAGCUAGGAGGAAGUGCUUUGUGUCCGUGGACGCCUUUUAUCGUCUUUUUUCCUUGUUUGUGUUAACUCUUUGUCUUCCCGUGUUCAGAAAGCCCCCUUUGUGGGCGAGCCUCAGCCCUUUGGGAUGAGCCGAGUCGCUCCUUGGGUGGUCUGGAAGCAGCGUGCUCUGCCUGCUUCUGCGCCGCCGCCGGGCUGUGUCUGCUCUCCUCUCCUGGCCUUUGCACAGACACCUCCGUGGUGGAAAACAGAAGCGCUUACUUGUUCCUGUCGUUUGUUGUCUUACCUGCAGCUCUUAUUUGUGUUUGUCUGACUUAGCCUGUUUCCGGGCACACUGGCAGCUGGGUAGGCUCCUUCAUACGCCUGGGGGUUAGAGAUUCAAAUAUCACUUGCUCGGUGGGCCUGGCUUUUUGUGAGCCCAGAAAGGGAAUCUUCUCCUUCAGUGCCCCCAAGGCAAGGGCAAAGGCCUGAUUCAGGAGCCUCCGGGCGCCCCAUGGGGCUGCUGGGAACCGCAGUCUCUCUGGUCAGAAUUUGCUGCUGGGCAGGACCAGUCAUUGAACUAUAACUUUUUGAUCCUGUCUUCUUCCUCCCUCUCCUCCCUUGAGUCCUUACCACUCUGGUCCAGAAGACCUCUUGAGUAUUCGUGUUUGUUUGUUUGUAUGUUUUCUGUGUUGCUGUACUAGUGACUGAGCCUAGGCCUGUUGCAGGUGGACAGGAGGCUGGGUGGUCAUGGAUGUGCAGUGCCUUGCACACAUGUAUGCACACAAAUGGGGUGGAAGGAUUUUGGUGAGCAUGGUGGCCUAUGGCAGGAGUGUGUGUGUGUGUGUGUGUGUGUGUGUGUACAAAGUCUUUACACUUAGCAUUUGGAAAUAUUAAAGGAACAUUGUCAUGGAAGCAGCUAAAUAAAAAAAAACCAAGCAACCUCUGGGUUCAGAUCUACAUCUGGGAAGGCCAUGCUGGAAGGCCCUUGUGAGUCCUCUGUUAGGGCCUUGGUUCAAUAAAGCACUGAGCAAGUUAAA